AUGGAAGCUCAUGACCACGGUGCUCACUUCAACCACACCCAACCUGCAGCUGACCAUCAUCCCGGUCUGGCUGGAAACACUCAGGGUGCUAACAUCCAGAAUGAGGCAAGCCGUCCUGACGAGAAUGUAAUCGGAAGCAUAACCAAGGUCGAUGAGACGCAAACUCGAGUGCCCUUCAAAGCCAAGGUGGAAGGAUACGCCAAGAAGAUUGCCGGAAAGACUUUCGGAAAAGAGCACGAAGUUGCUGCUGGCGAGGCUCGACUCCGAGGAGAAGAUCAACCAAAGCACUAUAAACAAUAG